AUGGAAACAUUAGCUGGAGUGUUAAAUGCUCUCAUAAAUACUACAAUAAACAAGGAUAACGAAGAAAACUUAAUGAAUGUUAAACUUAUUGCAGGAGUUUUGAAGUUCAGUUAUGUGAAGGAGUUUAAGAUAACACGAAUGAGUCAUAGAGUACAACUUCUUUUGGGAGCAUACCAUAUGACAUUUCCUUUGAAAAGUGUUGACAAAACGAUUGAGAUGAAAUCUGUUCCAUACGUAUGUUAUGGUAAUUGUUUGUACGUUGAGUCAAAAAUAGCUAAUGUCACAGGUAUUUCAGGAGUUAAUAGUAAAGGUUCAGUAGAAUAUAAAUCCUUCUGUUAUGCAGUCAAUUCAAUGUUCAUUCCAAACGUUCCUGUCAUAGCAACUCAUUUAGGUAAAUGGGUUCGCAUUAGUCCUCAUAAUUUGAAAGACAUGCAAUUCAGACUUGUUGACUUUCAAGGAGAGCCUGUAGAACUGAAGGCACCAGUGCGAAUGACUGUUGAAGUUGACUUUUUCGAAAAUAUUAAAUGCAACAGCUUACAAGAGAACUCAGAGCUAAAAAUAUAA